GCAUUAUUUCCCGCAACUACCUCAUUCACACACAAUUCGUUCUUCGUUCUUGGUUCGCUGUUGUUUGCGCACAUUUGCCACAUUUCUGCCUUCACUGCAGCGUGAUACACCAAUCAUCCAACACCAUCUUUUCAUUUUUCGUGAGCGUGUUUUAAGAAGGCAGCCGUCGUUUUUGCUACAAGAUAUUAGACGUGAAGAGAACCUUUUCUUGAUUAUUGGCGUUUUGAACACAAUCAUGGCACGAACCAAGGAAGAGGCUCGGCAAGGCGACCAGCCAAAGAAGGCGGCCAAGAAAGACGGCGCUGUCUUCAAGACAAAAACUACCAUCCAGGUUGUGGCCAACAUUUCUAUGCCUCAGACAGCAGCACAGCCCUCGUCAUCUGAGCCCAAGAAGAAGUCUGUGCCCAAAGUCCCUAAAGAGAAGAAGACCAAUCUGAAAGCUGCAGGUUCAGCGAUGCUGAAGGAAAUGAAAGCCAUGGCAGUGCCACCCACUGCAGGUCACCCCUUUGACCCCUAUGGUGUUGGGAUCCCUUGCCACCGAUGCAAAACCAUGAUCAGUGGGCCAGAUUCUGCCGCCGAGCUGGACAAGCACCUCAAGACUUGUGGCCUGAUGAAGUGUGUUCUGUGUGGCAACAGCUACAAAAACAUCAACACUUUGCAGCAACACCAGAUCAAGGUGCACGCUCAACCUCAACAACCUCCUCAGGAAAAACCUGCAAAGGAAAAACCUGUGAAGGAAAAGCCUGCAAAGGAAAAACCUGCAAAGGAAAAGCCUGCAAAGGAAAAGCCCCCAAAGGAGAAACCAGUAAAGCAGCAGCCUGAGCUGCUGUCUAUGCAACAGCAAUUGCAGCUGCUGUCUUCGCAGCAGCAACUUCAGAUGCUGCCUCCGCAGCAACAACAUCAGACGCUGCCUCCGCAGCAACAACUUCAGAUGCUGCCUCCGCAGCAACAACUUCAGACGCUGCCUCCGCAGCAACAACUUCAGACGCUGCCUCCGCAGCAACAACUUCAGACGCUGCCUCCGCAGCAGCAAACUGCACAGCAAAACCAGCUGCUGUCUCUGCAGCAACAACUUCAGCUGCUGUCUUCGCAGCAACAAUCUGCACAGAAAUAUCCUCUCCAGCAGCAUUCUGAGAUGUUGUCUCUGCAUCAACAAUUGCAGCUGCUGCCACCGCAGCAGCAACUUCAGUUGCUGGCUUCGCACCAACAACUUCAGCUGAUGCCUCCGCAGCAGCAACUCCAACUGCUGUCUUCACAGCAACAACUUCACUUGAUGCCUCCAAAGAAGCAACCUCAGCUGAUGCCUCCUCCGGAGGAAACCAAGGAAAUUGUUCCUUACAAUUACAACUUUAACUGAGACAACACCAUUCAAGCUCCAUCUGAUUAUGAUUUUUAGGUGCUGAUCUUGUCUCAAAUUUUCUUGUAUUCAGCAGUAUUCCGCGUGAAAGAUCAAAGCAUUUCCUCAAUUUGACAAUUUAACUGUUAAGAAACUGUAUACCACUUUUUUAUUUGAAAAUUUAAUCAAGACCAUCAUUAGAUUUUAUGUUUAUUUAUGAAUGAAUCUUAACAUUACUCGCAAGCAAAUUGCUCUUAAAAAAAGACUAA